UAUCAGGUGGUAAUUGAUAAUGGCAUUGUGCAACUUUCUCUAACUAAUCCCACUGGUGCUAUUUUUGGAGUUAAAUAUAAUGGCAUUGAUAAUCUCCUUGAACCCUUACAAGAAACACAAAGGGGAUAUUGGGAUACUGUGUGGAACGGGAAAUUUGACACGCUUUUUGCGUCAAAAUUUAGUGUGAUAUCACAAGAUGUUAACAAAGUUGAAGUUUCUUUCCAAAAAACACAUGAUCCUUUGAAUGGUAACAAUCCUCCUCUAAAUGUUGACAAAAGGUAUGUGAUGCUACGUGGGAGUUCUGGAUUUUAUUCAUAUGGAAUAUUUGAACAUUUAAAAGGAUGGCCAGCACUAAAUUUGGAUGAAGCUAGAAUUGCUAUUAAGCUCAGCAAAUCACUGUUUCAUUUUAUGGCAAUAUCAGACGAUAGACAAAGGAUAAUGCCAUCAGAAGAGGACCGUGCAAGUGGUCAAACACUUGAUUUUAUAGAAGCUGUUAAAAUUACAAAUCCAUCCAACCCUAGACUAAAAAAUGAGGUUGAUGACAAGUACCAAUAUUCAGACGAGGUUAGAAAUAUUAAAGUUCAUGGGUGGAUAAGUGAUACUCCACACUUGGGGUUUUGGGUAAUUUCACCAAGUUAUGAAUAUUGUAAUGGUGGACCUAUGAAGCAAGAUCUUACCUCUCAUGUUGGUCCAACAUCUAUGGCUAUAUUUUUCAGUGGGCAUUAUGCAGGGCCACAAUUGGGAGUUUCAUUAACAAAUGGAGAGGCAUGGACUAAAGUUUUUGGGCCUGUAUUUUUCUAUGUUAAUUCAGAUUCUAGCAAUGAUCAUACCAUACUUUGGGAAGACGCUAAAAGACAGAUGAAUGAAGAAACAAAAAAAUGGCCCUAUGAUUUUCCUGCAUCAGUAGAUUAUCUCCAUGCAAAUCAACGUGGCUCAGUUAGUGGUCAAUUAAUGGUUCAUGACUGGUACAUAAACAAAGUUGCUUUUCCUGCAUUAAAUGCAUAUAUUGGACUUGCAAAACCUGGAAUUGCUGGAUCUUGGCAAACUGAGACCAAGGAUUAUCAAUUUUGGACUCAAACUGAUAAUUCUGGUAACUUCAAGAUAAAUAAUGUUAGACCUGGAAUUUAUGGAUUAUAUUCUUGGGUCCCUGGAGUUAUGGGAGAUUACAAGUUCUCUUCUAAUGUGAUCGUCACACAAGGAAAGGACACAAACUUAGGUCAAAUAGUUUUUGAAGCUCCAAGAAAUGGUCCACCAUUAUGGGAAAUUGGAUUUGCAGAUAGAACUGCUAAUGAAUUUUUUAUACCUGAUCCAUUGCCUGGUCUUCAAAAUUAUUUGUACAUUAACACUACUGUACAUAAGUUUAGACAAUAUGGUUUAUGGGAUCGUUACACUGAUUUAUAUCCUAAUGGAGAUUUAGUGUACAAAGUUGGUGUUAGUGAUUUUCGAAAAGAUUGGUUCUUUGCCCAUGUAAACAGGAGAAAUAAGGACAGGAGUUUUUCACCAACAACAUGGCAAAUUGUAUUUGAUGUUAAAAAAGUGGAUUCUAGUGGCACUUAUCAUCUUCAUAUAGCUUUGGCUUCUGCAUCUUAUGCCCAUUUGCUAGUGUGGAUAAAUAAUCCAUCAAUACCAAGGCCAUGGUUUGAUAGUUCACCAAUUGGGAUGAGUAAUGCAAUAGCAAGACAUGGAAUUCAUGGAUUAUAUAUGAUUUUCAAUAUUGAAUUUCCAGGGACUAAGCUUCAUAUUGGUGAAAAUAUAAUAUAUUUGAAGCAAGCAUCAGCUUAUGGCCCUUUUACUGGACUCAUGUAUGAUUAUAUUCGUCUUGAAAGCCCUUCGACACGAUAGGAAAAAGAGGAAUUAUACACAAUCAGUUUUUAUUUAUUUAUAGGUAGUCAUAUAUAGCUUUUUUAGUUUUCAUAUUCAUAUUUUUAAUAGAAUGGAUGGUGUUCUCCAGAAUAAUGCUUUAUUUCCUUAGUUUAAUAAUUUUUUCUC